CGUCUUCAUUCACAAAACGCAGUCGGUGCACGGCAAGCAAGCCAAGUGGACGUGGAAGCCACCUCUCAAUCUCGUCCAGAACGGCGCAUGCCGCAUCCCCAAGUGGCUUUCGCUUUCGUGACUGCCACCGGUUCAUGAUUCGGUUUAUUUGGCCUUUCGGUUUUCGGGGCUUUCAUCAUUCAGCUUUCGGUUUCCAUUUCAACCCCGGCUGGCUUUGUUGACAAAGUUAUUGCCUUUGGCUUAAUGACUUCGUAAUUGAUUUGCAUUCGAUGUGCCGCAUUGAUUGGCAAUUGAAACGUAAGGCACCUCGACUCCUUGGCUCUCCAACGUCAACCACCAAACACUCCAUAUACCCACUCCAGCCGCCGCUUCAGUGCCCACUCAUUGUCACCGUUGCUAAUCAGGACUCUCAAGGAUAGCCUGCCGUCUGCCAUGUCGCUGUCUGUGGCCAGCCGUCGUCGCCACCAGACGACAAACGCUCCUCCGUCGUCCACGUCCGUCCACGGCUCCUCCUCCACAGCCGGUCGCUAUCAGCUACCACUGAGUGUAAGGAAGCAGCACUCCUUCAUCGAGCCAGCGUCUAGAUUCUCAACCCAGCAAAGGGGUUACCUGUCAAGGGGUCUCUCCGUGGGCCGGUCCAUCGAGAACAUCCGUCAGAAAUUGUACCCGGUCAGCCGACAGGCAUCCCUGGCCGUGGAGGAUUCUACUACGAGAAUCGGUCCUCGCAUCACUGCCUCCCAGGUACAGGGUCUGAGGCUGAGGGACAAGAGUCUGGUGGCCUGGUCAUCUACUUCGUCCUUACUGAAGGAUCAGGAAACGGAGGGGCACAAGCAGGUGGAAUCGGCGGAAAGCAAAAUCAGCGCCAAGGCGGACAAGAAUCGGAUCAACCUGAACAUAGUCCUGUCCCAGACGAUCAGGGCCACCAACGAGCGGGAGCAGGAGCUGGACCCCGAGCCGGAACCGGAGCCUGAAACGGAAUCGGACGUCCAGGCCGUGGCUCAAGUCAUCACAGAGAUCCCACUGAGCAUCUCGCCAGCACUGACCGUCCAGCGGCGUCCGCCCCUGGUCCGUGCUAUGUCCGCUCCCGUCCGCGGAUUGGACGAGACCAGCAAGGGCGUGAUAGCCGCCAGCAAGAGGAGCCAGCAGAAGCUGCGUCGACGCAAGAUCUUUACUCGCACCGCCUCCUCUUCGGUGGGCGGUGCCUCGGUUCCGGUGCUCGAUGUCAUCGGUGGUGGCGACUCCACCGGUGGCCCCGGCAGCGGAAGUGGCUCCGGCGGUAACGCCUCCAAGAAGGCCUUGAACCGCGCACGAAGUGUUGUGGCUCCGGAUGUCAUUACCCUGGUCUCCCUGUUGAGCUCCGAGGGCAGUGACUCUGAGCGGGAGGACAAUUGCUCAACGGUAGUGGCCAGUCCCCCAGCAAUCGGGGCAGAUAAACAGCCCCAGUGCCCUAAUCAGCGCAGGGCACCACUCCUAAGGAAAACGGGCAAAUCGGACAGCUAUCCGCCCACCUUUCAACUGGCCUCCAAGGAGUACUCUCACAUGAUACGCCGUGGAUCGAUAGCACCACUUGCAGCCAGGAUCCGAGCCAAUCGACCGCCCACAGCUCCACCCGUCUCCAUCUUCUUGAGCGACGUCCAGGGCAAAAUGGAGCAGCCGGCGAAGAAGGAGGGCACCGCGGAUGAGAUGCCAGCCACCAACAAUUCCCUAUCGCCAGAUGAGGCCAAAAAGGAGAACAACAACAAUGCAGCCAAUUGCGAGGAUCAACAGCAACAGGCCCCAGAUCAAAAUUAUCCGGCCUAUGUGCGUAGUUUGAAGGAACGCGAGUGCUGGAAGUUGCACCAAAAAAUGGGAGCCAAGGGUGUGAAUGUCAGCUAUGAGACAGUUUUGAGGGGCAUGCUCACACCAACCGAGUUCCGACACUACCAGAAGCAGCGCGAACAGGAGGAGGCGCGCAUCUUGGAGGAGGCCGAGGCUGCCGAAGCUGCCGCCGCGGCAGCAAUCCUCGAGAGCGGAGAGAAGGAGACACGGAAGCCGCCGGCCACGGCUAUAGAACGCCUCUCGGAGGCGCUACUCCAAAGCAAAUGAAAUCCCUUCCGGAUACCAGUUCCAGUUUCCUGGACAAUGACCAUUAAAAUGCAUUUUCCUCUACACAGAGAAAAACAGAAUAUUGGUUAUGUUGUGUCCGUUUAAUGUCCGUUUGUUAGCAAUUUCUCCAGUCUGUCAUAAUAAUUUUAAUACUUAUUGUUUUCAUCCUUAUACUAAGUUUAGAGGAAAGACCUCAAAUCUCAAAUUAUAGAUCUAACAACUUCUCUCUGUGUAGAGGACGUAGUAGUAGUCGAGCACUCGUUAAAUGGCAAUUGCACGCCGCUGAGACACAAUGAGCGUCCACUCUUUAGUUUUAGACGGAUCAUCCCAUAAUCCUUUAACCCUUAGAAACCCAAAAUCCCCAUGUAAUUUGUAUUCAGCGGGACUCAAGCUUUUGUGGACGCUGAGCCUGGCCAAUAAAUGCAAAAGCAAAUGUAUGUAGAUCCUAAAUAAAUAAAGAAAACUAGAAGUCACCGAAAUACUAACAAGUUCUGAAAAAAUUCUUUGGAUCAAAAUAGUUACACAAUUCAUGUUUCGGUUUAUUUUGAUUUUAUUUAGGAAUACAACGUAAUUUGUAUCUAAAAUUUGUAUUAAUAUAUAAAGCAACGAGU